UUUAUUAUAAAAGGCAAAUGAAAAAUUGAUUAAUUGUCAUAGUGCCUUUUGGUGUGGUCAACAAUGGGUCCUAUAAUAGUUGCUUUGCUUCUGAGCGUAGUUGCUUUAAGCAAUGCAAACACAUCACAAAAUGAGCUUUUAAUAACUGGAAAAGAAGUUGUAUUCAAAUAUGAAUCACAUAUUACCGUAAAAACACAUCAACCAGCAUCAUACGCUUCAUUAUAUGGACUUCAAGCUGAAAUUUAUAUUCAAAAGACUAAAGAAGACACAUUAAUGGUUCGUUUGGAUAAAAUCGUAUUUGAUCUCGAAAAUGGUCCUGUACGAGUAAAUGUUACUACCGAUGUCUACGUCCCGAUACCAACAGAAGCUGAAGCACUUUCACUACCAUUCGCGAUUAAGUACGACAGUAACCAUCUUGUAACCGCUGUGAUUGUUGAAUCAAAUGACAAAGAAUGGUCCUACAAUAUUAAAAAAUCACUUGCAUCAAUCUUCCAGUUUAAUAGUGAAGUAUUAUCAACAUUUGACCAAAAACAAAGUCACAUUGAAUAUUCAAGAGAACAAACUAUUUACGGUUUAUGCAACGUUACAUACGAUGUGCUACCUCGUGAAGACCAUGUUACUGUUGUUAAAACCGUCGAUCCAAAACAGUGUGGAAAUAAUAAUAACUUAAAACGAAACAAAAACUUCUUGGAUAUAGACUCUAAUCGCGUAUAUAAAAUAAAUAAAAAUCAAAACAAAGGUCGCGUAGAAAUGAUUGAAGCACGAGGUGAUAUUGUCAUGGCAGAAUUUAGAGCAACCGCUGAAAUGAAAGCACUUAAAGUACAUCAACGAUUUAUGUUUGUUAAAGAAGUUGACAUCAUAAAUCCAAUUGUAAUUAGCAAUCAAUUGGUAUUACGUUCAUUAAAAUACGAAAAUCCACAUUCAAAAUGCCGCGAUGAACCCAUAAUAGCUCUUGUUGACAUCACUGGUGGGCGAGCCAAAUACAAUAAUGAUGUACCAAAAGUUGUAGCCUUGCUAGAUCAAGUUUUAAAUUCACUACACGAAAAUCAACUAACGUUAACAAAACCCGAUUAUAAAGUACAUCAACUUUUACAAAAUUUGUAUGAAAUAUUAGAAAAUUUUGAUUUUAAUACAUUGGAACAUACUUCCGUUGUGUUACAAGAAAAAUCACAAAAUGCAUUCGAAUUGUUUGUCCAGAUUUUACCUAAUAUUGGAACAAAUUCUUCAGCUGUGUUACUUCGAAAUUUAAUUCGUAAAAAAAAGAUUGAUGACUCAAUGAUUGUAAGAGUACUUCGUGAUUUUCCAGUUCGUGUGCGUUGUCCAAACGAAAAAUUAUUAAACCAACUUGAAGACAUGCUUACACUUGAUAAAGAAGGCAGUCGUGUUCAUGUUGCUAGUGUACUUGCUUACGCUUCAUUAAUAAAACGCACAUACUUAGGAGUUGAUGAAAAUUCAGUCGUCUUGGACAAAUUAAUAAAAUUGUUCACGCAAAAAUUACAAAGUUCUCAAGAUUACAAAAUUCAAGUACUUUAUCUACAUGCUCUGGGCAAUAUUGGAAUGGAAACGAUAAUUCAUACUUUAGCACCAAUCCUAACCGGUGAAAUGGAAGUUGGACGAAAUCUACGUUCUUUAGCAUUAUGGACAGUAGCUCCAUUACUUCAAAAAAAUUCGAGUUUAAUGAUGAAAUACAUAUGGCCAAUUCUUAGUGACCGUAAAUUAGAUGUUAGUUUACGAAUAGUUGCUUAUGAUAUUUAUAUACGAACCGAAAACCCAACAUUAAAUCGAUUCAUGCAGCUUUAUUGGUUAAUGCGUGACGAAACAAAUGAACGUUUCUACAAUUUUCAUUACAAUACAUUGGUAACAAUUACCCAACUUCAAUACGUUUCCAAUAAUGAAAAUCAAAUAAUUGAAAUAGCUCGUGCCAUUUUACGAAUGAGUCGUCAUCCAAUCGUAAAAUACGAAAAUGAAGGUAUUUUUGUACAUGACUUUAUUGAUAAGAAAUCUGGGCUAGGUGGAAAAGUUGAAAAUUUAUACUCGUUAGGAAAUCACGUCAAUGUUCGUUCAAGAAUUAUGUCACGUAUUUAUGGUUUUGAUAUAGAAAUGUUUUCCUUGCAUUUUGGAGUUUCUGCACCAAACUAUGAAAAUAUAAUUAAUUCCGGAGAUUCUCUAUCAUAUCUUGAACUCAUUGUCAGACGCGGAGGCCGAGUUGUAAUGAUUUACGUCGAGAACAAACCAAAUCCAAGCAUUUUCUUCGACAUUAUUAAGGAUUUAGCAGUUAACUUUGAAAAGGGAAGAAUGAAUAUUGAAACUCCAUUCUUAUACGAACGAAUUAUGCCAACCGAUUUUGGAGUACCAAUUCGAAUGUCUGAAUUAUUGACACAAAUUGAAACUAUUAAUGUUAAAAUUGACAAUACAAAAGACGAAGAUAUAAAAGUUGAUUUUGAAAUAAAAUCAUUGACUUUAAAUAAUCUUAGAUUCAAUGUUUAUAAUCCAAUCAACGAUUUAUGGCAUGGAAUUGAACAAAAUAAACAUAUUAAUGUCCAGUUUGGAUUCAGUGUUUCAGCUUCAAAAAGGGACAACGGUCCAGGCAAUCUAUUUAAAAUUAAAAUUAAUAAAUUAAGUAAUGAUGCUGUUAAUGGAUUACAAGUACACACCGAAAAUGUUGUUUUUAUCAAAGGAGAAAAUGCACAAGAAUUACUUAUGCAAUCCCAUAAAGAUAGCUUAAUUCGUAGAUCAGUUAUUCGUGGAGAAGACUAUACUACCAAUACUGUAGUCUAUAAUAAAGAAAGCAAUACCCUUGGACAUCAUGUUGAAGUAAAAAUAUUUGACUGCGAUCGUGAUGUAUCUCGUGGUGGCUUAAUUACACGUCUACAAGAAAUCGAUACCGAAGAUACCGAUACCGAAGAUAAUAGUAAUGAUAUCAUUAGUGAAAUAAAUUUAGAAUUUUUACGUUUAUACUUAUCAACAUUAUUCCCAAAUGGUUAUGGAAGUUGCGGCUAUGGCGUUCGUUUCACACCUUUAAAGACUUUUGAUAAUAUUGAAUUCGAAAUAAGUAUGGUUGCACAAAGAGAUUUAUUACCUGCACUUUCUUAUGAAAUUGAUUUACAUGGUGCUACAAAAUCAGUUCAAAACACUAGCCUUGCUACGUACAAUUCGAACCUCAAUGUAACCUUUUCCGAAUUACAACGAAGUGGUACAAUCAAAUGGUGGAUCGUUUUUAACAACCAAAUAAACAAGGAACGUAAACUUGAUAUUAACUUACGUUACUCUAUGAAAGAAGAUCGUUUUGAUUCAAAUUUAAUUCUAUCACUUGGAGAAGUUGACAAAUUAGGUGUGAUUACCUUCGAAGUAUUAGGUAUUCGUAGCGAAGAACAAGACCGCAUCUUAAAAGAACGCAAAAUUACUUACAACGAAUGUCAACCAGAAAUUAUAAAAGGAAAGUACUUAGCUCCUGUUCCAGUUGAAUGUGCGAUUGCGCAUUCAAAUUUAAACAGAUAUGCAGUUAAUAUUUCUGCCAAUGAUGUCGAAAACAGAAUGGUACAAAUGAUUUUAUACCAUUUUAAUGCUUUUCGCCACAAAUAUUUAAUGUACGCAGAAAGAACAACUAAAAAAGAAACAAACGAAGUGAUGCCAAUGCACAUUUUAAUAGAUUAUCCCGUAUUCCGAAAGGAAUUAGAUGUAACAAUUGAUACACCACGUUACCAGGAAGUUUACCCAGGAAUACCACAAAACCAAAUGAGUGCAUGGGGUUUACAUGAUAUUUCAUUGGCCAAUAUUUUCUUCCCUGAUUCUAAAAUGGAUGUUAAAUUUGUAAUGUCAUUGCCAUUGGCACAAUGUGUUAUUUCUAAAGAACAUGUUUUAACGAUUCAGGGCAAUAUUCAAAAAUAUGACUUGACAAAUGAAUGGACUUCAUAUCUCAACGCAAGUAGGGAUGACGGUGAAGCUUAUAAUGUUUUCGUUAAAAACGUUAAUGGUAAUCGACCUCUGGCACUUCAAGUAAAACUUGGUACUGAUAUAAUUGAAAUCAUACCAGAUGGACACGAAUUCGAUAUCAAAGUAAAUAAUAAAGUGGUUGUGCCAGUUGUUGGAAAACACACAGAAGAUCCAGUUUGGGAUUAUUUAAUGGUUGAAUCACCAAAAAUGAUCAUGUUCUCUACUAAAAUGUUUGGUCUUCAUGUAAUCUACGAUGGCAGAACAAUACGUCCAAUGAUUUCAUCCAAAGUGCGUUAUAGCGAUAUCGCCGGACACUGUGUAGAAAAAAUUCUUUAAAAUAAUUUGAAAUGCCCAGUACUUACUAUUCCUUGUUUGUCAUUAGUUGGAUUGUAAAUGUGAAUAUUAGUUAUUGAUUUUAAUGAUUUUUUUUAUUAAAAAUUUGUUAAAAAUAA